UUUGCGAGAUUGCGACGAUGACGGAGGUGAGGAAGGACGAUGUUGUAAAGAUACUUCACACCUAUCCGUUUUGCAGAAAAUGUGAUAUGUCCGACGAGAUGAAGCAAGAAGCAAUGGAAUUAUGCGUGACCGCGGCGGAAAAGUACGCAGACAAUUACGAGAGCGUCUCUCGGAUGAUCAAGGAGACGAUGGAUAAGAAAUUCGGCGCCUCCUGGCACACCGUCGUUGGAGAGGGCUACGGCUUCGAGAUAACUUAUCAGUUGAAGCACCUGCUGUACAUGUACUGCGCCGGUAAUUUGGCAAUAUGCAUAUGGAAAUCCGCAUAGUGCGGCACUGCUGGCGCCUCCAAUUUCUUUUACAUACACCUAUUUAUAUAUUUAUAUACUUUAUAUACGUUUGAUUGUACGUGUAAAGUCGUCUUUCAUAUGUGUGUGUGUGUGUGUGCAAAGCGUAUAUGUAAACUGUUACGAGAAAAGAGGGAGAACGUUUCUAAUAUCUCAUAAGUGUGGGUCCAAUCUGUGUUUAAGAGUCAAAUGUCUUAUAUGCAUAUUAUUGUAAUUAAACACACUUACAUAUUAGAAACAGAACUAGUGACGCGAUAAUCUCACUCAGAUAUAUCGAUGUGGAAAUAUUUUUCAGUACAGAUUAUUCAACUAUUCCCAGGUAGACGUUACGUCAGCAUAUAAUAUGAUCUGCAUGGUGACAAAAUUAAAAAGUUGAAAGGUGACUGCGUAAAUAUUCAAAGACAUGUUCUCAUGACACAAGUUGUUCAGCAAAUAGUGAAGGAGUCUUCCGAUGCAGUAAAAAUUGCGAUAUUUUGCCGAGCAGAGCGCAAAUAAUCCGACAUUAUUGGAGCAGUAAGAAGUGUUAACAUAUUUUGCGAUUGCAAUCACAAAGUAUGUGUAAAAUGUUUGCAUGCCCGCAUUCAGCAUGUCUACCUGAGAUUAUUUAUUAUUUAGGAGCAUUUUAACACGCAGUAGUAUAUAAGAAGAUAUAAUAAUAUAAAGGAAAGUCCUCCAUUAUUAGAGAUAGGUCCUCUAUUAUAGAAAUAAGUUUCUAAUAUGAGAUAGCAGGUUUCCAACACCCAAAUUCAAUCACAAAUCUUUUCUCGCAACGAU